AUGAGAACCACCGAGACACAAACGUCUACGAGAACCACCGAGACACAAACGUCUACGAGAACCACCGAGACACAAACAUCUACGAGAACCACCGAGACACAAACAUCUACCGAGAACCACCGAGACACAAACGUCUAUGAGAACCACCGAGACACAAACGUCUACGAGAACCACCGAGACACAAACAUCUACGAGAACCACCGAGACACAAACGUCUACGAGAACCACCGAGACACAAACGUCUACGAGAACCACCGAGACACAAACGUCUACGAGAACCACCGAGACACAAACAUCUACGAGAACCACCGAGACACAAACAUCUACGAGAACCACCGAGACAAACCUCCAAUGAGCCGCAUGUGUAACGAGCUCAGCGAUCAUAAAGAAACAGGAAGUGGGCGUAAACAAUGCACUGCUCUACACAGUGUCAACACAAACUGA